AUGGCGCCGCACGCAGAAGACACCCCUGUUGGCGUUUCCGCCGACGGAACUAGUGUCCCCGUCAACGACGGGGCCGCUCCCCAUGAACCUGGGGUGAAGAAGAAUAUUGCCGAGAAUAAGCAGAUAAACUUCCCAAGGUCUGUCUGUACCGCCCGCCACCGUCAGCCUAAGAUAUACCUUGUCUUGACGACGACGACUGAUGAGCUGAAUGAAUAACAUAUAUCUGUAGACCACCCAAAAUCGACGACCCUUACAAGGAGCGCGAGUAUCUCAAAGGCCGCCUUGCCGCUGCGUUCCGGAUCUUUGGAAAGGUUAGGACUACUCACUACUCCCCAAAUAAUGUCCGCCGUCCGUCCUUCCCUCCUCAAACGCUGACGCUUGAGAUGUUAUUAUAGUAUGGCUUCGACGAAGGCGUCGCGGGCCACAUCACCCUGCGCGACCCCGUGGACCCGACUUGUUUCUGGGUGAGCCAACACCAAAACACGAUUCCAAAAAAAAAAAAGACACACUAAAGAGAAUCUCCGGGCGAGUUUAUAUUGAUAAUGACAAUUCCCAGGUGAAUCCCUUCGGUCUGGCCUUCUCGCUGAUCAACAAGUCCGAUCUGAUCCUCGUCAACCAUUCGGGCCAGGUCAUCGACGGCGGCGCGAACCGACUCCUCAACACGGCGGCCUACAUGAUCCACGCGGCGAUCCACGCGGCGCGCCCGGACGUCACCUGCGCCGCGCACUCGCACAGCAUCUACGGCCGGACGUGGUGCACGCUGGGCCGGAAGAUCGACACGCUGACGCAGGAUGCGUGCGCUUUCCACGACGACCACGUGGUGUAUGAUUCCUUCAAUGGGGUGGUGCUGGCGGAGAAGGAAGGGAAGGAUAUCGCGGCGUGUCUGGGACAGAAGAAGGCUGCGCUGUUGCAGAACCAUGGCCUGUUGACGGUGGGGAAGACGAUUGAGGAGGCGGUGUUUUGGUUUGUGAGUCUGGAGAAGUGCUGUUAUUCGCAGCUCAUGGCGGAGGCGGCUGCGGCUUCGAGGGGGGAGAAGCCGGUCGUGAUUGGAGAGGAAGAGGCUAGGUAUACCCAUACGACGGUCGGGACGUCGAGGGCGGGAUGGUUCAGUGCGAAGCCCUUGUUUGAUGUGGUGCAUAAGGAGACGAAUGGAGAUUACUUGCAGUAG